AUGAAGCGACAGACUAGUGCGGUGUCGCCGUCGUCGUCGCGGCGAGAAGCUCCGCCGGAGAAGCUUCACGCUAAAACCAUCGGGUGCAUGUCUGGCAUUCUCCACUUCAUCUCCAACUCCAAUUCGCGUCGCUCUCGUCGCUUCCUCACAUUCGGAAAGAGGCAGAUUAAUAAGAAUCCCGCUCCCGCCGCAGCCGGAAAUUCGCAACCGGAAAAUGCUAAGGCCGCCGCGCGGAAUCUGUCCAGCGAGGUUCCGAGGAGCCCGACGUUGCCGCCAGAGAUUCGCCGCUCCAAUGUGAAGCCGCCUCCGACGGAGAGCCGACGCGAGGCGCCGGCGCUUGUAGUGAGGCUCAUGGGAUUAGAGGCUGCUCCGGCGCCGCCGGAUUCGGUGGCGGAGAAGAGACAGAAGCUGCUCGGCGCGUUACAGAGAUGCGACGAGGAUCUCAAAGCGCUGAAGAAGAUAAUCGAGGCCGUGCGUUUGGCGGAUCCUCCUCCUCAGUCUCCAGCUCCGUCUCCGUCGCCGUCACCGGUGGUGGCUUCCAUUGGCUUGGAAGAUAAGCUGAGGACGGUUUCGGAGGUGAAGUGUUCGGUGGUUAAUGGGGAGCAACAGCAACCGAGUCCGGUGUCCGUGCUCGACGAGUUCACUCGUUCGCCACUCAGUCCGAGUUGCCCCUCGGGACGGCAUACAUUUGCACGAAUACAGCAACAGAAACAGCAGGUGUUAAAGAAGCCAGGAGAGGAAGAAAUCAGCAGCACAUACAUGUACGAGAGAAUUACAUGCGAAUCCGUGAACAAGAAAGUGAACGACGAAGAGCAUUUGGUGAUGUGGAGUAGCAAAGCCAUGAUCAAAAGUGUGGAUGAAGUGUGUAGGGAUGUUGCAUGGGGAGAAAAACGAGAGCUUGGAAGAAUUGGGUUGGCUUUGCAGGAUUAUAUCUGCAAGGAUUUGAUUGAAGAAAUUGUUAGAGAAUUAGGAUGCUUUUACACUCUGCCUCUUGAGGCCUGUAAGAGAAGACUCUGCUUCUAA